CUGGAGGAUCUUGCUUCAGAGUGCAGAAAGAAUUCUGAAAUUAAAAUGAAUGAAAUUUUGAAAAACAGAAAAAUCAUCCUUCUCUUCCUGUGCAGCCAGGUGAACUGCUUGUUCCUGCAGAAGCCGCUGGCCAACAACUUCCUGUCCCGUGUGCGCAGGUCCAAUGUUGGUCUGGAGGAGCUGGUAGACAACAACCUUCAGAGGGAAUGCUUUGAGGAAACGUGCUCGAAAGAGGAGGCUCGGGAGUGUUUUACAGAUGAAGGGCAAACUGAGCAGUUCUGGAAGCAGUAUAAUGGUUCUUCACAGGAGGUAGAUGCAUUGCAGGAGUACACUGCUCCUGGGAAGCAGGGGCCGAUGACCACAUUACCACCAAACACCUCUGUGGAGGGGCACGGUCUGAGAGAGCACACUCAGGAUCUAGAGAGGUUCAGCCUUGAAUACCCCUGGAACAACUGUGACCUGCCAUCCAUCCUCACCUUCCUGAGGGAACUCACUGAAAAGCAAAAGAAAAUGAGAGAGUCUCACCAGAAGCUGAUUGAACUCACAAAGGACAUGAUUCAUUUGGCAACCACCUCCCUCAACAGUCUGGAAAACAAUCUUAGCCAUUGAAACAGAAGCUUUAAAUGUUUCUGAAAUUGUUUAAUUUGAAUGCAAACUCAGCGGGUCACUUUCAGUUAGGAGUGUGCAGAAUAAUUUUCAGAAAACAUCAAUAUUUCACCUUUGCUAUAAAAGUUGAACACUAUGUAAAAUUUCAGUUACCUGUCACCUUGGAAUAAAAUACUUGCC